GAAGAAGAAGAAGAAGGAGGAGGAGGAGGAGGAGGAGCCUGUGAAAGAGUUCUGUCCUCACUGGUUCCUGUUUCCUAACUAACAUCUUGAAUCACGUGUUUCAGGUGUGAACUCAGAGCAGAGGUGUUGUCCACCAUGAUGCGGAGUCUGAAGAGCGUCAGGCACCUGAACUCCAGCACUGUCAAACAAGCAGUGUCGGAGCUCUCUAUUCCAGUCCCAUGGGGAGAGAUCAGAGGAAAAGUCUGGGGUCCGGAUCACGGGCGUCCUGUGAUGUGUGUGCACGGCUGGGCUGACAACUGUGGAACAUUUAACUCCCUCAUCCCCCUGCUGCCCAAAGAGUACAGAUACGUGGCGUUGGACCUCCCAGGUCACGGUCUGUCCUCACAUCGUCCUCCUGAAGCUUUCUACUCCUUUCCCUUGUAUCUGAUGGACGUACGCAGAGUCGCUGACGCUCUGCAGUGGAACAGAUUCUCCAUCAUAGGCCACAGUAUGGGUGGUAACAUUGCUGGAUUGUUCAGCGCUCUGUAUCCUGAGAAGGUGGAUGCUAUCGUACUUCUGGACUCAUAUGGAUUUUUACCUACAGAUUUGAAAGAAAUUCCAGAAGUGAUCCGACAGGGCCUGGAUGAGAUGCUUCAGUUUGAAGCAAAGGCAGAAGAAAGGGGGAGACGAGUUUACACUUAUGAGAAGGCAGCUGAGAGGCUCUUGGCUGCCAACCCGACUCUGUCUGAACAGUCUGUGCGCAUCCUUUUAGAGCGAGGUCUCGAUCAAGUAGACGGAGGAGUUGCAUUCACUCGAGACUUUCGUCUGAAUCUGAAAAACAUUGUGCGCACCACUUUGGAGCAGUGUCUUGAGUUCCAGAAGAGGAUAACAGCCUCCACCCUCGUUAUUCUAGCAGAGGACGGCUUUGAGAAGGUGUUUGCUGAACGAGAUGGAAAGAAAGCUUCGUCAGCUCUUGUGCAGGCCUAUAGGGACAGAAAUCAAAGCGUAGUGAAAGUACCUGGUGAUCAUCACAUCCACUUGAAUGAUGCUGAGGUCGUCGCUCCACUGGUGUCGGACUUCCUGCAGACCCAUGUGUGUGCGCAGUCGGACAGACUGACAGAUCUACCGACGUCUAAGUUAUAGGAAACACAUAAAAAAAAAACUACUAACUUAGCCAGCGCAGUCAGUCAUCCACUGUUUUAUAAAUGUUUUAUGGGCAUUUUUACGUCAUUUUAUUUAUACUAUAGUGUUUUAAUUUAACCUUUCUGGCACAUGUGAUUUUAAAUAUUUUAAUAUAUAUAUAUAUAAAUAUAUAUAUAUAUAUAGAGAGAGAUUUAUUCUAAUGAUGGUGGAAAUUUUCAACACCAAGUUCUUGUUAAACUCUAGUUCAUCUGUAAACUACUGAAGGAGGGGAUCAAUGAAAUGCAGCGUCAAUGUGUUUUUGAUACAGUUUGUAUUUUUGUACUCACUGAUCAAGUGAAUAAUCUUGUUCAUGAUUCCAUCCAAUGAAUCACGUCUGCAUCAGAGGUCAACAGCAGGUUUUAAUGCAGUUCUUUGUGUAUUUGUAUUUAAACGGUAGAAUAACACCUUUAACCCAACAAUGCUCUGAAUCUUCUUGUUAUUUACAGUUUGAAAGGAGGAGCACAGUUGCGUAAAUGCCUUGAAGCCGUUUGCCUCUGCCGACCAGUCGAGUGACAGUUUACAUCCGUGAUUGUCCACACUAACAAAAUAAAUGCUUUGAAAACAUU